GUUUGUGUAGGCAAACCAACUAAUCCAGAAAGUCUGUGUCGGCGAGAACAACGUGAUAGAAGAAGAGAUCCGAGUGAACAGAAGCGUGCAUGAGUGGGCAGGAGGAGGAGGUGGUGGGGGUGGUGCCACCUACGUGUUUAAGAUGAAAGAUGGAGUGCCUGUGCCCCUGAUCAUUGCAGCUGGUGGUGGUGGCAGGGCCUAUGGGGCCAAGACAGACACAUUCCACCCAGAGAGACUGGAGAAUAACUCCUCAGUUCUAGGGCUGAACGGCAAUUCCGGAGCCGCAGGUGGUGGAGGCGGCUGGAAUGAUAACACUUCCUUGCUCUGGGCCGGAAAGUCUUUGCUGGAGGGCGCUGCUGGAGGACAUUCCUGCCCCCAGGCCAUGAAGAAGUGGGGGUGGCAAUGCAGCAUCAAACAAUGACCCCGAAAUGGAUGGGGAAGAUGGGGUUUCCUUCAUCAGUCCAUUGGGUAUCCUGUACACCCCGGCCUUAAAAGUGAUGGAGGGUCAUGGGGAAGUGAAUAUCAAGCAUUAUCUAAACUGCAGUCACUGUGAGGUAGACGAAUGCCACAUGGACCCCGAGAGCCACAAAGUCAUCUGCUUCUGUGACCAUGGGACCGUGCUGGCUGACGAUGGUGUCUCCUGCAUUGUGUCACCCACCCCGGAACCCCACCUGCCGCUCUCACUGAUCCUCUCCGUCGUGACCUCUGCCCUGGUGGCUGCCCUUGUCCUGGCAUUCUCCGGCAUCAUGAUUGUGUACCGCCGGAAGCACCAGGAGUUGCAAGCUAUGCAGAUGGAGCUGCAGAGCCCUGAGUAUAAGCUGAGCAAGCUCCGGACCUCGACCAUCAUGACAGACUACAACCCCAACUACUGUUUUGCUGGCAAGACCUCAUCCAUCAGUGACCUGAAGGAGGUGCCACGGAAAAACAUCACCCUCAUCCGGGGCCUAGGCCAUGGCGCAUUUGGGGAGGUGUAUGAAGGCCAGGUAUCUGGAAUGCCCAAUGACCCAAGCCCUCUACAAGUGGCGGUAAAGACACUGCCAGAAGUGUGUUCAGAACAAGAUGAGCUGGAUUUCCUCAUGGAAGCCCUGAUCAUCAGCAAAUUUAACCACCAGAACAUUGUUCGCUGCAUCGGGGUGAGUCUGCAAGCCCUGCCCCGCUUCAUCCUGCUGGAGCUCAUGGCUGGUGGAGACCUCAAGUCCUUCCUCAGGGAGACACGCCCUCGCCCGAACCAGCCAUCCUCCCUGGCCAUGUUGGAUCUUCUGCAUGUGGCCCGGGACAUUGCCUGUGGCUGCCAGUACCUGGAGGAAAACCACUUCAUCCACCGGGAUAUUGCUGCUAGAAACUGUCUUCUAACCUGUCCAGGAGCUGGAAGAAUAGCAAAGAUUGGAGACUUUGGGAUGGCCCGAGAUAUCUACAGGGCCAGCUACUACAGAAAGGGUGGGUGUGCCAUGCUGCCAGUAAAGUGGAUGCCCCCAGAGGCCUUCAUGGAAGGAAUAUUCACCUCUAAGACGGACACAUGGUCUUUUGGAGUGUUGCUAUGGGAAAUAUUUUCUCUCGGCUAUAUGCCAUACCCCAGCAAGAGCAACCAGGAAGUUCUGGAGUUUGUUACCAGUGGAGGACGGAUGGACCCACCUAAGAACUGCCCCGGGCCUGUCUAUCGGAUAAUGACUCAGUGCUGGCAGCAUCAGCCUGAAGACAGACCCAACUUCGCCAUCAUUUUGGAAAGGAUUGAAUACUGCACCCAGGAUCCAGAUGUCAUCAACACAGCUCUGCCCAUAGAGUAUGGCCCAGUAGUGGAGGAGGAGGAAAAAGUGCCCAUGAGACCCAAAGACCCCGAGGGGAUGCCUCCUCUGCUGGUGUCUCCCCAGCCCGCGAAGCAUGAGGAGGUGCCCGCCACCCCCCAGCCCGCAGCCCUGCCGACGCCAGGCCCCGUGGUGAAGAAGCCCCCGGGUGCGGGCGCGGGCGCGGGCGCUGGCCGUGUGCCCCGAGGGGCGGCUGAUCGUGGUCAUGUGAACAUGGCGUUCUCUCAGUCCAACCCUGCCCCGGAGCUGCACAAGAGCGCGGGCUCCAGAAACAAGCCGACCAGCCUGUGGAACCCGACUUAUGGCUCGUGGUUCACCGAGAAGCCGGUCAAAAAAACCCAUCCCCCGCCGGGCGCCGAGCUGCAGGCGCGGGCAGGAGCAGCCGAGGGUGGCUGGACCGGGCCGGGCGCGGGACCCCGCAGACCCGGGGCUGCGCUGCUGCUGGAGCCAUCGGCGUUGAGCGCCACCAUGAAGGAGGUGCCGCUGUUCAGGCUGCGCCACUUCCCCUGCGGGAACGUCAACUAUGGCUAUCAGCAGCAGGGUCUCCCCUUGGAAGCUACCGCUGCCCCUGGGGACACCGUGCAGAAAAGCACGAACAAAGUCACCCAGCCCUGAGCCCUACACCACACUAGCUUCUCCCCCUGGCUGAGCAGGAGCCCUCCCAGAGGGGGACGGACUGAAAGGCUCCACCACAAACCAGAGACCAAAUAUCACUUUCAUUUUGUGCCAACUUGUUUUGAAGUGCCACAUUUAAAAAAUAAUAAUGAUAAGGAAAACUUGUAUUUUCAAGAUGCAUUAGAAAGGUUUUUGAGCAUGGGUUCAUCUAUCCUUCCAAAAGAAGAAAAUGCCAUUUUAAAAAAGUGAUCAGUACAAGGCCCAGAUUGGUUGCGUAAAGUUUUCGUGCAUGGUCCGCUGUACAGUCCCCUAAGGCUUCUUUCCGAUUUUGUGCGCUCUCUGCUUC